AUGGCCCCCAAAAUCUUCCUCACCGGUGCCACCGGCUACAUCGGCGGCAGCGUCUUCCACACCCUCUACACCGCCCACCCCGAAUGGACCUACACGGUGCUCCUGCGCUCCGCCCCACCCGCCGCCUUCUCCGCCCUCUACCCCGCCGCCCACGUCGUCCGCGGCGACUACGACAGCCUCGAGACGACCGCUUCCGCCGCCAUCGCCGCCGCCGACGUCGUCGUCCACACGGGCAACUCGGACCACGCGCCCUCGCUGCGCGCCCUGCUGCGGGUGCUCAAAGCAGCCAGUAGUAGCGAUGGCGCCGCCACCGCGAAGCAGCAGACGGAGAAGAAGAAGCAAACCAAGUACCUCAUCCACCUCUCCGGCACCGGCCUCCUCUCCGACUUCCAGGCGCCGCCCGUCCCUGUCGGCUCCCUCAACCCGCGCGUCUACUCGGACCGCUCGCUCGCCGACAACACGGACGUCUUCAUCCCGCCCCCUGUGUCGGAGCCCGGCAGUGCUGGAUGGAAGGACCCGCUGCAUGGCGAGACGGAGCGGAUCGUGCGGGAGGCGUGGAUGCGGGAAGAGGAGGAGGAGGACGAAAAAGACGGAGACGAAGCUGGGGUGCGAGUCCGCACCGCCGUCGUGCGGCCGCCGGACAUUUACGGGCGGGGGCUGGGCGUCGGGCGGAAGACGAGCGCGUAUAUGCCGUGGUUUGUGAAGGAGAUCUUGGGUGGUGGUGGUGGUGGUGGUGAAGAGGGGGGGGAGGGGGUCGGCGCGGCUUUUUUCGUCGGCGAGGGCCAGAAUCGGAGGGGUUGGGUGCAUUUGCUGGAUUUGAUGGGUUUGUAUUUGCGGUUGGUGGAGAAGGCGGUGGAGGAUGGGGAGGGCGGUGGGGAUGGCCCGACGGAGGCUUGGGGGAGGGAGGGAUACUACCAUGCCACGACUCAAGAAACGUCGCAGUUCGAGCUGGCCCAGGCGGUUGGGAGGAUUCUAUAUGAGAAGGGGCUGAUAGGGGAGAAGGAGCCGAAACAGGUGCCGCUCGACCGCGUGGACGGCAUGUUGAAGUCGGUCGGCGUUCCGUUAGUUGGGCGGUACAUGUUUGCGAGCAAUGCACGAAGCGCCGCAGUAAGGGCGAAGGAUGUACUCGGCUGGGAGCCCAAAGCGCCCAGCAUAUGGGACGUAUUGGAGCAAGACGUAGAUGACGCAGUCAAGAGCCUUGGAAAGUAA